AAGCGUGAACCCGUCCGUCCUGCUCGCACUUUAAGACUUCCCGAGCGGACGCGAGGGACGCCAGUCGCGCCGGGAGGAGCAUACCUGCCGCUUCCCCCGCCGCCCGGUGCAUCUGGCUGAAGGGGACCUCGUUCAGACGGAGGACGGCGACAGCUCCACGGAGUUGAAACGGGCGCGCGCCGUCCCGGGCACGGCCUCCCGGCGCAACGCGGGACGCUUUGGCGACUUCUUCUCCGACCUGCUCCCCCACCCCCCACCCCCGUCCGCCUCCAGCCCGGCCAGGGAAAGGUGGGACGGCUCCGGCUCUAGUUACGGAAGCGGCCGGUACCCGGCGAGGAGGGUUCGAAAAUGCCUCGUGCGUUUCUAGUGAAGAAGACGUUCGUCUCCACGUGCAGGAGGAACUGGAGCGAGCUCCCCGACGAGGAGCGCGGAGAGAUCUAUGUGCCAGAGGACACCACUGAGCUGAGAGGGGUUUUAAGGAGCCCACCCCACAGCCAGGGAGCAGCCCCGGGGGAAGCUGGGGCACCCAGUUCAUUUUCGGAAGACGCCUUGACAGCGUGGGAGUCAACUUUGGAUGAGUAACCCCAGUUGUUUCUUCCUCCAGGAGCAUCUUCCACGUUAGCCCCGAGACCUCUUCUGCGCCUUCGGUCCUCCCCCACCCCUAACAGAAUCUUUGGUCGGGAGCCAGUUUCCUUCGGAACUCCCCUUCCCCAAGCCUUGGGGGUGGGGCGCGGGAUGCGCUGAACACUCUGCCCAGCGCCUCCAACGGGGGAGAGGUUGUAAUUAACCAACCGACUUUGACCUUUGAUCUGCAUGUUCCCCCUGCAUCGCCCCGGGCCCUGUAGGAGAGUGGUGAAAUAAGGGCGGUGAGGGGCCCUGUGAGGGCUCUUGCCUCGGUUUCUGUCCUGAAUAAAUUGUUGGAGACUGUGGGUGUAGUGGUGGCCUGACGACCGUCAGGAUCCUACGGCCUACAGGGCUGGUGGGGUGUUUCACAGCUUAGCCUUAUCUCAAGUGCCUAGGCCCCUAUCUACAGCCUCCUUAAAAGGUCGGAAUGCGCCAGUAGUCCUGAUGACCCCAAUGGGGAAACUGAGACAGAAAGGGAAGUGCGCUGCCUCCACACCCGGAGGCGGAUCAGGGUGUGGGCCCAGGAUUCUGUGUAUAGUUUCUUGCUUCUCCAAGUUCCCUGGGGAGUUAGUGAUCGGUGUUCCACCUCCAGAAGGGCCAUGUGAGGGGGUGAGGGACGCGAGCCCCCUUCCUUGCUCCUGCCUCCUCCCUCACCUGUGUCUGACUUGCUGCUUAGCUGCUCCUUGGGAUCUGAUAAACCGAACUUGGACUGUGUUAAAGGUGAGCAGAGCCUUGCUCGAGACUAGUGUGCUGUUAUUUUUAGUUUUACUUCACAUCCCAAUCAGUUACAGAUCAUGUGUUGACUUUUACAAAGGACAAAGGAAUUCCGUUGGUUCAAAUCAUUGACUUCCUUGCAUCCUAGUGAUUUUCCCCAGCACAGUUCUGGUGGCCAUAGUGGGAGUGGCGGGGGAGACCUGCACCAGGGGCUGUCCCAUCAGGGGCACAGGAUGGUCUGUGCCACCUGCCGCUGCUGUCCCGGUGAGGGGAGCCGCUCACUCUGCAGGAUCAUCCCGGAUGUAGGAUGGGGUCUAACCUGGAGGUGCAGGUGACAGUUUGCCAGGGAGAGUCCUGUGGGCUCAAGCAAACAGUAGAAGUCAGAGAGCUUACUUUUGCCUCUCAAAGCCAUGUGGCCCACUAGAGAGUUUUCCCACAGUUUUUGGAAAUGAGAAAGGGAAUGUUCUCGGGCCACGCUCGGGUGCCUCAGAUGGCUAGAGGGUGGGGAGUGUGUUUUGUGGUGGCCUGUCCCCUGACUGGGCCAUUCCAUCACCAGCCGACCGUGACCCUAAGAGCCGGCUGGGCACGUUUCCUUCACCCCACCUCACAGACUCAGCACGUUGUGACCAAGUAAGCAUUGACCCCAUCCGGUCCCACUGGGAGAGGCACCGGGAGGGCUGGGGAAUGAAGCGUUUGAGGUCUGACCUUCCCGCCAGGGCCCUCUGAGACCCUUAGAGCAGCAAAGAAUGCCUGGAAGGAACGUGUUUACUGACUGAAGAUCCUGGGCCCCGGCCUGGCAGCUCUGACUCCAGGGCCCCAGUCUGACCAGCAAUCCAGCCUCUUCUCUGAGGCACAAUUCUAGAGGUUUCCCACCCUCAGUCCCCUGGGCCUCACUCUCCUCCCAAAGCUGAGGGAAAAGCCCAGAAGUGGGCACAGGGCCUGGAAGGCUGCAGGGGUGGGCAACGGCACCACUCACGCCGGGAGCACUGAAAGGGUUCAUGGUUAAGUUGCCACCUGUUUGGCCCUCGAGCCCCUGCCCUCCAUCUCCCCUGGCAUUUCUCCUUCGUUGUGUCAUUAUUGACUGUGGAGUGCAGGGACUGAUGCUGGUUUCUUGACGAUGAACCCAGGCCCCUGUACCCAGGGGCUAAAUUCCAUCUCCUGGACCUAAGGGGAAGCUCCAGGAACGGGGAGGAACGGGGAUGAAGCGGGGUUCUCCAGGCCCCUGCUGAGAGGAAUCUCAAAAGGCCAGGAAGGCACUGGAGGGCAGACCAGGCCUGGAAGCUGAAUGACAUGCUCCAGCCAUGAGCAUCCUGGGGCCUCUUCCCUACCCCCCAUCAAAACCGCCCCCCCCACCUCCCCACUUCAGACGGAGCGUCUGCAGUCCGUUCUGCCAGUUCAGCAGCACAUGCCUACCCCAGGGGGGCAGCCAGCCUGAGGUGCGCAGGACCGGAGCGUCCUCAGCCUGGCUCUGACUAGGCAGUGUGGGCACCUGGGCAGCUCUUUCUGGGCCGAGUUAGAAAGGCUGAGAAAGUCAGCUUUGGGCCCCAGAGUACACAUGUAGGGGCGCGAGGGAGUGGAGUUGGGGAGAGAUUAUGCCUCUGACGGUGAUCAUUCUGAUUCCUGGGAAGUGCUGGCAGUGAGGGACGCGUCUGCCGAGCUCUCCAGGGCAGCAAGGCUGGGAGGGUAGACAGCCAGCCCACGGAUGGGUGCGGUGGGCUAGAUGGGACUCCUAGCUGUCCCACAGGGUGCCGUCACCCAAGCUGCCAGGCUGCUUGUCCCUAGCUUGGGUGACCUGAGGCAGAAUCCUGCCAGACUGUUUGUCCCAGAAAGAGAGCAGGUGAGGCCGAGUCCUCUGGGCACAGGGAGGACGGGAGCAAAGCACGGCCAUUGUUGAUGUCAGGCUUCUUCUUUAACUCUCUUCAUGCUCAGCAAGUAUCGUGUGGCGUCCCACAGGGGUGCCAGCCCCGUGCUGCACGGGAGGGAGGGAAGGAAGGACGCAAACUCAGUACGGCCCCGCCGGUUGCAGCGUCCACCCUGGUGUGAGGCUGAGGUGCACGGGGUUGGUUAACUUCACUGUGGACGCGGUAUGAGGAAUGGUUGGGAAAGGGGGGAAAGAUCCUGCCUGAGAGAAGAACUUGGCGUUCACAGAAUGGAAACGACAGGCUGAGAGAUGGGCCCGUUGUGUUUCCAGGGCUGCCCAGCUCUGCCAGUUGGCUGGCACUGGCUCCCUUUCAGGCCCCUGUUAGCUGACCUGGGGGCCGGAGGAGACGGGCACAGGGGACCCUGCCCUUCCCGAUAAGGGUGCAAGACCGCCUUACGCCAGCCUGGGCUGUGCUGACACACUGGGCUCCCCCGCCGCCCCCCUGCCGCUUCCAGGUCGGCAGCAGCCCCAGCCCAUGGCUAGGUGUCCUCACGUCUGCUUCACCCGCUCUCCCCAGAGAGCCUAGGGCCAGGCCUCGUGCCCAGCCCUGGCCUGAGGCCUUGGAUAGGGUAGGACCUGGCACCCUGUCUGGUAUUUGGGCCAGGAGCUUUCAAUCCAAGAGAGAGGGGACUUGCUGAAGGCCUCGGGUGGGAAGCUGCUCUGGGCCCAAUGCCCACAAUGUCAUCCAGGUGGAGGCAUGUUGAGCCGACAGAAAGGGAACCCGUGCAGCCCCUGAGGGGGUAGGGAGAGGGCCUUGCCACACUCCUCAGCUGCGGGCGGGCGAUGAGUAGCCACAGCGGCCGCCACCUUGCCGGAAACAUCUAAUUAGGGGACAGAGAGUAGCACAAGCAGGGCCCAGCCAGUUCUGCUCGCUGCCGCUCGGUGCCGCCCAGGGAUAGGCGCGGCGGCAGGACCACGCUCCGGGGGGUGGCAGGAAGACGGGUUUGGUGGGGCUGGUGGGAUGAGGCAACCGUCCCCACCCUGACGGCCUCACCUGCCCCUCGCUCGGGAAAAGCGGCACAGGGGCAGAGCAGGCAGGCCCGCUCCCUGUCCCCGGUUCCCCAGCACUGUCAUCUCAGGGCUUCUGCGGAACGGGAGAGGCAGGCCUGCGAAACAGUUCCCCCCCUAAACCUGCUUAGGUCCUCAGAACCCUCACCAUGGACCCCACUCUAGUGGAGGCAGGGAGCCAAGGGUGACAACUCGUUUGAGCGCAAACCGGUUAACCCUCACCUGUUGUCACUCUUCCCUCUGCUGCUCCGUGUGCAGGCUCUGAGGCCCGGCUCCAGCUUUUGGGAGCCUUGAUCUCGCUCUCUGAUACUGAAAGACAGAAGCGGGUAGAGGUUCCUGUUUGUCUCUACCUGGAUUGAGAAAUGGAAAUUGUCAUCCAGUUUUGAAUUCUCAGCCAGGAUCUCCAAUAGCUGGUAAUCCGGCAUAAACUGAAGCCGCCAACACUCUGACACGCCCACCCUCUGGCAGCCCCCAUCCCUGUACACAGACGGCCGUCACUGUGGGAGGAUGGGAGCGGGGGGGGGCCUCUGAGAGCUCCGGCCUGACGUCCAGCCGUCCAGGGCUUGGAGAGAGGCCAGGCCAGGGCCAGGUGCUGGUGAAUCAACUCCCGGAAUGAGGUGGCACGUUAGAGUCCCCGGACGGACAGACAGACGGCGCCAGUGCCAGCAGAACGGGUUUGGGUGGCGGGCAGGCACAUUCUUCCCGUCAGAACUUUGUUGUGUUUGAAGGGGGCGAGAGCGGGGGCCUCUCCCGAAACUUGGGUGCCUUCAUAUUCGCCCUUCCUCCAUUGGUGUGUCCUCUGCUUCCAGCCUUGCCCGCUGCAUCCUGCUGGGGGCCGCCCCUCCCUGGGACCCCGUCCACUGUCUCACCGGCCGGGGGCUGCAGGCGCAGGGGCCGCCUUCAUGGUUCUGAGACCCUAAGUCAACCUGCUAAGUCCCUCUCCCUGAAGCCCACUCAUCCUUUCCUUCCUGUGCCCCUCUUGAUUUUCCCUUCUGAGGCUUGGAACAUGUUCCUAGCUUAGCCUCUUCGGGAGAAAAAUACUGACCAAACCGUAACAUUAGAUUAUUUGCCUCAGCUCUGGGGCUUUGAGACUUGUCUCCUCUGUGUCACUCGGGAGAGCUCCCCUCCUGUCUAGUCAGGACGAGGGCCAAGCCUCUCCAGCCCUGUUUAGCGUGAGGUGUCUGCCGUGGGGAGCAGCGUGUCAAAGGGCUGCCGGUAUUGCUGGUAUCGCUGCAGCUGCCGUGCGAAGGGCGGGAGCCCAGCCCUCAAAGCGCCACAGCAACCAAGCAAGUGAGCGGUCCCUGCUCUGGGGGAGGCUUGCGUAACAGCCGGGCAGGCUGCCCAGGAGGCUGUUAGGCUGCAUCCACCUGCUGCUCCCUGACCUCCUCCCUGCCCUGCCCCACCCGGCCUGCUCACCUGCUAAGCUGGGCCAGCGGGAGUGGGGAGCCUGGAGCCCCAAUGAGCUGCAACGUCAGGGACAGACCACCCGGAAGGAGAGAGGGGUUAGGACCACUCGUUCCCCACGGCCAGCAGCUAAAUCUGCCUGGAAGAGAGGCUCGGAGUGGCGCAGACCACCGGGACCCUUCUGGGGCAGGGAUGAGUCCCUGGGUCCAGGGCCUCCAGUGGUGCCCUUUGUCCCUGCAGGAGCGUGGAUGAGGCCUGGAAUCCAGAGGGACUGGCCCAGGUGGGGCAGGCAGACAGCUCGGGAAGAAUAAUUGGCAGGGCAGCUUUGGUCCUCCCAGUUCCGCUAAGACACAGAUUACUCAGCGGGCAGGCCUGUGGGCCGUGGAGCUUGGCUGGCGUCACCUUCAGCCUAGGCUUCUGCCCACCACAGCCCUACAGGGAGCCAGAGCCAUCAGUGGCCGAACCCCCUUCUUGCCCCCUGGCUUUGGACAUGAGCCUUCGGGACUCCAGCUAUAGUGUGACCCCAGGACCCUGCGUGGUGGCCCAGCUGCCCUUGGAAGACACGAGCCGCCUGGCAGACCCACAGAGCAGGGACCAUGGCUUCCUGCGCACCAAGAUGAAGGUGACUCUGGGGGACACUCCCAGUGGAGACCUCUUCACCUGCCACAUCUGCCGGAAGGCCUUCACGUACCAGCGCAUGCUGAAUCGCCACAUGAAGUGUCACAACGACGUCAAGAGGCACCUCUGCACCUACUGCGGGAAGGGCUUCAACGACACCUUUGACCUGAAGAGGCACGUGCGCACCCACACUGGUGUGCGGCCCUACAAAUGCAGCCUGUGCGACAAGGCCUUCACGCAGCGCUGCUCUCUGGAGUCUCAUCUCAAGAAGAUCCACGGCGUGCAGCAGAAGUACGCGUACAAGGAGCGGCGGGCCAAGCUGUACGUGUGCGAGGAGUGCGGCUGCACGUCUGAGAGCCAGGAGGGCCACAUCCUGCACCUGAAGGAGCGCCACCCUGACAGCCCGCUGCUGCGCAAGACCUCCAAGAAGGUGGCCGUGGCCUUGCAGGACACCGUCACCUCCCUGCUGCAGAGCAGUCACCACCUCUGAGCAGUGGUACCCUGGCUUGGGCAGCCCCGAGAAGGCGAGGGCCGCCUCCCUGCCGCCCGGCCAGCCCGCCCUCUGCGGCCUCCUGCCGGAGCGCCGGUGACCUGGCGUGGAGCCCGUGGGCACGCAUGCUCGCUCGGGCCGGUGCUGACCUCUGCUCGCAUUUGCGUCGGUGUUUGGGGGGCAGAGGCCGCUCUGAGCCCGGGCAGACAUGUGUAACUGUGGGGCGGGGCGGGGCGGGCCAGGGCUGCCUUCGAUUUGAAGCAGCUCGGGUCCAGAGACAGGACUUCCUUCCCAGAGGAGGUACGUGAGGGCGAUCCUGUCGUCCUCUGCUUCUGGAGCAGCGGGGGGAUAGGGGGCUGCUGGUCCCCCGUGGACGGCAGAGUCAGGCGCCCCGGCAGAGGGCACCCCUGCAAACAACAGCCGUGCAGGAGCUGGCGGCGGCCCGCCCGGCCAUGUUCCUCGCGCUCAGGGCUGCAGGGGCGCUGCAGGGCGCUGCUCUUCGACAGGGAGAUGCACGUGUGUGCACAGCCGUGGACGUGCGCGCACGCGGGAGGCCUUGCCAUAUAUCACCUCAUUUUUAAGAAAUCAACUACAAGGUGCCAAGAAGGUUUUAUUUCCUUUUUUAAAAGAUGACAUAUGUACAGAUAGUAAUAUAUAUUUUUGGUGCCGAUGGCGACUGUUUUAAGAGAGGGUGGAGCUGGCUUUUCUCCUCCCCACGCAGUUCUAUUUAUCCUGGACGUUUCACGCCUCCUCUGCGCCUUGGCUCUGGGGUGGCUGCCCUGACCCACCCCUCAUACCUCCUGAGAUAUUUAACCUAAGACUUUCCUCCAGCCCUGCCUGGAGGAGGCUGUACUGCUCUCUGUUCUCCCUCUUCUGCCGGGACAGCCGUCACAUCUUCUGCUCUUCCCUCCCCGUGUCUCUGCCUCCCUCCCACAUCCUUUGAAGGCAAGUCUCAGGGUGACCGAGAGCCUCCUGAUAACAGACCUUUUGCGGAACAACUCACCAUUCCGGAGAUCCGGGGUGGGGGGUGUCCAGCUGCGGCCGCAGGGGUAAGCCGGUUGGGGUGACGAGUCUGUGAUGCGCCCAGAGUCCACUGCCUGAAGUAACAGCAAGAGUGCGGGGCCAGGCUGCGAGGCCUGCUCUUUUCCUGGGAGAGUCAAAAACCCUAGGACGGGAACAAAAAAAUUGGGACAGAAUAAUAACCAGACAUAUCAGAAACUUCUAGAGGGAGGACAGUAUUAGAUGGUUAACAAGUUACAUUUGUAGCCUUUUUUCUGAAUGUUUGGCAAAUGGCGAGGCUGGGUCUUGCGCACCUAAGGAGGGAGCCACCCCUGGGCUGGUUGGCUCCACCUGAGGGACUCUGCCAGGCUCCCUUGGCUGGGCUGGGCUCCCUGCUAAGAACACGAAAGGGGUGUGGGUCGAAAGGGAACGACGGGCAGGGGCUGGAGCCAGCCUGCCGAAGAACGAGAAGCAAACUCGAAAGAGAACACAGAACAGAGCAGGUGAAGCCGCCCCGUGAAGCCAAAGCCCAGGUGGAACCAGCCUUGGCCUCUCCUGCCCGGAAAGAGCAGCGACUGCACCGUCCCCAGAUGCAGGGAAGGAGCCUUCUCUGACCUCCCUCAGAACGUGUAUGGAUUGUUCUGGAAGACUCUCGUUUUAGUUUACUUUAGAGUCUGUGGGAGCUGCUGUAUUCUGGAAGGUGUAUAGCAUGAACUAACAUUCUCUGGAAGCCUUGUCUUGUUUACAUUUCUGUAUCCCUGUGUUCAUUGCCUGUUCAUUGUUCAUCUCUGUGUUCAUUGCCUACCUGAGGCAGUCACAAAGCUCUGUGCUGUCUGUUUUAUAACUUGCCCCUCAACUAUCAAAAUAAAGAACUAUCAUUUUCUGUG